AAGAUGGCGGCGCCCAGAGGAGAGGAGGCAGUGUGGAACCGGUGGGAUGUGCCCUGGCCCUCGUGCAGUCCUACGGUAGCCGUACCGGCUCAGCAUCCCUCAGUGAGAUGCCUUUCAGCUGUUAGGAAGGGGUGUCAUGCUGUUGGCCAUGUUCUAAGAAAUGACGCUAUGGUUGCAGAACAGAGACUCCUGCAUUCAGUCAUUUAUAGUUUCCACUACCAGAUGAGCCGUCAUAGACCAUAUCAGUCUCUCAAACAGGUAGAACAGUGCUUGAAGCGUUUAAAUCUAAUGAAUUUGGAGAAGCCAAUUCAAGACCUUGUUCACUUGGGCCCCAUGAAACAGAACUCUGAAAAUCCUGAAGCAUCCUUGGUUCCCAGCCAACCUGUGAUAGAAGUGGUGCUGGUGAAGAUAUUGGGUGGAUGCAAACUCAUGCUGCAUUUACUUGAAUGCUGUUGUACAGCAUUUCUUUUCUCUGUUAAGCAUCUGUGUUUGCAAGAAUACAUACUGCUGAACACUCUGGUUUCGGGGUUGCUGAGCCGAUUAUGGAUUCUUUAUAGAGGUGUAUUGAAAAGCCUUGGUUCUUUAUAUAAAAGCCUGUUUGAAUUGCUUCAGGAGGUUUCAAAGAUUCAACCAAGGCCUUAUAUUAAAGGAUUUGCCUUUCCUUCUGAAAUAAAUGAAUUUCUGGGAGCCCCUUAUUUGGAGAUUAAGAAGAAAAUGCCCAAAGCACUGGUGAUGAAAAAGGCCAGAAGUGGAUGGAUGAAUAGAUUGUUCUCAGGAAGCAAAGCUGGAUCUUUCAGUGCAACAGUUCCUACAAGAGUCAGGAAGAAGAUGAGAGGUGCCCAGAAGACUGUUGAUAUUGGGAAGCCAGUUCUGGCCAACAGAACUAACCUGGAUCUUAGAAAGGAGUUGGCGUUUGAUGUCAAGACCUUGUGUAGAUACCCUAACCUUGCACCCCAUGAGAAUACUAAAUUCAGGGUAAAUCCUCCUGAAUCAAAAAGGACACUUACACCUGUUUCUUCUAAAUCACUGAGGUUCCAGCAUCUUAAAUCUUUUGUGCCCAAGUUUCAAGAAGCAGGCUCCUUUGGAGAACUAUCUGACACACUCAGAACAAUAAUUCUCUGGUGCAAAAGCAAUAAACUUGGAUCAGAGGCCUUUUUCUUGGGAAUGAAGCUUUUGAAAAGUAAGCGUCUGCAGCAUGUGGAAGCUCAGGGUUGCAGUUUGCAGAGGAAACUUGGCUGUGUUAAAGCUACUCUCCGUAAAUACCUCACGCUUUCAAGUUGCAAACGGAGACCAAGUCAAAUACUUCGAGCACACUCCCGUCUACGAAGAAGGCUCAAAUUUUCAAGAAAGCCAAGAUGUGUUUCAAAGAGAACACCGUCUGGUACCAUACCUGCACAGAGCAACACUCCUGUUUUUGUUGAGGACAGUCUCUCCUAUUCCCUCAGUUGGUGGUCUAACGGCUCAUCUUACGUAUCACCUACUGACAACAAUAGUUCUAAUGAAACUUUUGAAGAACAAGCCCAUGGUGAUGCUUCUGACCUUGCAGUGUUGGAAAGAAACCCUUCCCACAGACACAAGGAAGCUGCAGAUAAUAACGAUGAUAUUGAUGACAUUUUUAAAGUAAUGGGUCUCUAAUCCUUCAUUCCAUUAAACUACAUUUGAACUGUG